AUGAACAUCAGCACCACAAAUCCAUACGCCGACCAUCCACAGUUGUCAACGCUUGAGGGAGAGGUGCUAUGGGAAUAUGCAAAGCUCGCUGACAAGGUCAAAAAGAUCUCCACAGUUGUGCGUGAGACUGUCGACGCACCCAAUUCCCACUUGUUAUCAGAGCUGCGCGAGCUCGAGAAGGAGAUGAAGCUUGUUUUCACCAUGUACCGCGCCGCAGUGUACAAUGUUUCGCAGGCAGCAGAGAUGCGCGAUGCGGAGAACGAGGCCGCCAUCGCUGCUCAAGAACAGAGCCCACAGAGCCGACGCACACCCGACCAGAGCUGGGAAGACGAGGGCUCGACCAUCAUGUUCUAG